GUUGUGCUGGGUAUGGUACAGUGACGUGAUACAGAGGAUAGUCAUGUCACUUUUGAUAUUCUCAGAGAAAACUAAAAAACCAAAAGCUAGUCCUUAACCAACCGUAACAAAUACUGCAAAAUGUUUCAGUCUGAAUAGUGCUUUUAGCUAAUGACUUUAGAAUGUAUGUUUAAGGUACUGGAAUAUGUUAUUAUGUUGUUUACUUGGAAGCAUACAGUAGCAGCGUACACGCUUAAGUCUUAUUCAUAUAGAAACCGUAGGCCAGCACUGCAGUUGAUAAAUAUACAUCAUUAGGAUGGUAUUUUAUCUGUAGUGGUCAUUUGUUUUGUGUCAGGGUGGCUUCAAUAUUCCCACUGGACUACAUAAUAAUGUGUAGUCCUGAAUAGAAACAUAAACUUCCAGGGUUGUAUUUACUAGGAACCAAACAGAAGCAAUUGGGUUGAAACAGGGAGGGACCUACCUGAAUUUGUCCAAUAAGAAACGCUUGUUUUUGUUAUCUGUUGCAAAACAUUUGCUAUGGUGUAUCAUAAUGAAUAGGACCCUGAUCCAUAGUAGUGAACAGUGUUUCUCUCAUAGACAUACAACAUACGCCUCACCUCUUCUCUCUCGUUGACUCCAAUUCCUUAUUGCUGCACAACCAAUGGGAUUUCAGUGUGGUAUGAUGUUCAAUGUCAACAGGGCAUUAAGGCUGUGUUCAUUUUUUUGCACAACAGAUAUUUCCUUAUUAGCCAGAGAAUACGGUUUUAGCCAUACGAUGACAAUAUUCCUGAGUUGAAUUUGAAUUAUGGAAAUUAUGUGAAACUCUUGAUACCAGAUUAUUUAAUCUAGUUUUGCUUGAAACUGAUCACAUCUGUUUUCAUUUACUACAGAUGCAUUGCAAUUAGAAAAUGCAAGGUUUUGAUGUGACUAAAUACUUAUUUAUUAUUAUUUGUCAAGAAAGCAAAUACCAGGUUAAAUGACUGUCAUCCUCUUCUGAAUGUAAAGGCUGAUCAGAGUCAAUGUGAUUGUUGGUGUAACCUUUUUUAUUUUUAUUUAACCUUUAUUUAACCUUUAUUUAACUAGGCAAGUCAGUUAAGAACAACUUCUUAUUUACAAUGACGGCCUACUCCGGCCAAACCCUGACGACACUGGGCCAAUUGUGCACCGCCCUAUGGGACUCCCAAUCACGGCUGGAUGUGAUGUAGUCUGGAUUCAAACCAGGUACUGCAGUGACAUCUCUUGUACUGUGAUGCAGUGUCUUAGACCACUGCGCCACUCGGGAGCCCCAACCUUGUAGAGAUAGUAUCAACAUUGAAAAUAUUAUAAUACGCAAUAAAGAACAACUAACAUAAUGGCGUUUAUAUGCAUUAGACAUGUUUACUUUAAUAUGCAUCAUAGAUGUGAAAUGGUCAAGAAAUCAGAAGCUUACUACUGAAUAUAUCUGUCUGUAUGUCACAGUCAUAAAUGUUUCACCAGCGAACAGUACUGUAACUCCAUAUGUGAAUGGUACUAUAUCUGGUUAUAGCUCUGCUAAGCAAAGAAUAUGACUAAUUUUAAUUAAGAUUUCAUGUUUCAAAUGAACUGGCAAACAAAAGCACACCAAAGUAUUCUUUUUGUGGAAUCGAAGGAAUCGUCACAUACAGGAAUCGAAGGAAUCGUCACAUACAGGAAUCGAAGGAAUCGUCACAUACAGGAAUCGAAGGAAUCGUCACAUACAGAAAUCGAAGGAAUCGUCACAUACAGGAAUCGUCACAUACAGGAAUCGUUUCCUGUAUGUGUUACCAGGAUGUGGUCUCCUCUGCUGGUCAUGGCUGCUACAUGCAUUAUCAGUUCACAGUAAUGAUCUAACUCCUUAGUCUUGAGUGUAAACUAUAUUUAAAUGUGUUUGUAAUGGCCUUAGAAUCAUAUAUUGCAUGUGUCUUCAUUGACCGACGCUGGAAAUAACUCAUGAGGAAAACAUAUAUAUAUUAUAUGCAUACUAUUAAUCAACAACCUGAUGAUUUGAGUAGUCUCAAAUGUGAAAGUGCAGCUGUACAAUGAACAAUUCUUAAGGAAUCAAACUAAGUAUAUAUUAAAGCUAUGCAUUUGA